GUACUCUCCUGAUUUUUGGAGGCAUCAUGUUGAACCUGGUGCCUUCCAGCAUGUUGCUGUGGCCUGUCAGCACCAAAGUGCCUCGGGAAUCUGCUGAAAAUCAACAGCUGGGAUCUUCAGAGGCACAGAAGGAUCCAGAAACUCCUGGUGGAUGUUCAGAUGGAAGCACUCCCAGGGAAUUACAGCUUCUCCACGUACAGGAGGCUCCCACCACGGAGAGACUCGUGAUGCCCCAUGGCAGAGAUGUCUCUGACCCAGCAAAUCCAUCCUUGGGAAGGCUCCAGAAACCCAGCCCAGAGAGCCCCUCCCCAGAAACACCCACCGAGGCCAGGAGAAGCCACAAACCCCUUGCAGCCACCAAAAAGGAACCUUCUCAGCCUCUCCUGGACUUCUCCCCGCUGAAGGAUCCUGUUUUCUUCAUUUUCACCUGGUCUUUCCUGUUCAGCCACCUGGCUUAUUUUGUGCCUUUCUUCCACCUGGUGGCCAGAGCCAGGACAUUGGGCAUGAGCAGCAGGGAUGGCUCGUACCUCAUCGCUGUGGCUGGUAGGCAAAGGCACCCUCACCCCCCCUGCUCACAGAGAAACACCUCCAACUCUGCCAAAAAAUGCUCCCGGGUUCGUCCUGGGAUGGAUCCUCCUGGCAGAGGCUCAGCCCUCAUCCCUUUCUGCAGCACAGAGUCACCUCCUCUGCCCCCACCACGGUGCUGGGUGAUCCCACACUAA